AUGGAGAACGUGCAACAUGACACUGACGAUGAUGAACAUGUUGAAGUUCGUGCAGGUGGCAAGAAGGGCAAGGCUGCAUCAGAUGUCCCCCCACCGGAGAAAGUCAAAGAACAGACAGCUGCGAGAGACAAGGGGGUGUCGCCCUCAAAGAGGGGCAGGGCUCCAGAGGAUGUUGGGCAGGGCUCUCCUGGCAAGAGGCCUAGGACCGAUCCCUUAGCUGCUAGGAGGAGGGUGAAGAAGACUACCACACGUGGCAACUCAGAUUCUCAUGAGGCGCGAGUCGACAAAGCUGCUGCUGCACCAUCCACUGUUCCCACUAGCUCUGAUGCAAGCGGCCGACCAUCUCCGCCGGUUGUAGAUGUGCAGGCUACAACAACAGGCAUCCGCACAUCUGGGAGUGAUGAGUCCGUAUCUGCCAGGACUGCUGAGAUAUUGCCCACUCUGCUGGCAAUGAAGGAUGCUGCUGUGAGCCAUGCCACCCGAUCAGCAAGUGUUGAAGUGGACGCCCCCGAGAUCAACCUAAGCAAGGAAGAUUCCCGCUCAUCUGAUACGGAUUCCAAGCGCGUGGGUGGUAGCACUUCUGCGUCCACGAAAGAAGGGGCUGAGGUGACAGUUCAGACUGAUAUGCCAUCCAUAGGUGAGAGUCUUGGCACAACAGCUCUAGCUUCUGGUGGUCCAGAGGUUGCUAAGGCGACCGUUUCGCGAGCUGGUCUUCCACCUAGGCGUCAUAGCCCUCGCAAGCAAUCAGCAGACAUACCCAACGCACCAGCUGUAGCUAGGAGCAGCAGAGAUGACUCUGGUUACGUGUCUGUGUCGACACAGUUCCCACCACCUGCCAAAAGCAAUGUUAUGGAGAAAACAGAAGACCGGAGUACAAUUGACCCAGGUGGCAAGCCGGGCACGACUGACGGAGGUGAACGUCCGGAGCAGACUGCGUCUUUACCUGCCGUGGAGACCCCCAGCGUAAAUCUGCGCACUUCUAAGCUCCCAGUCAACAUUGGUGUCCCCUACAGCCCAAACAAGAAGAUUGGCAAGAAAGUUGCGGCUGAUACCGCUGACAACACGCCCCGCCCUACUGAUAAGCCUGAUGAUUCUGCAGCAGACGAGGCAGAAAUGUUUGUAGAUCUUUCACCCCUGUAG